AAAAGAAAUUGCAGAAACAAAAUACUCUGGCAAAAAGUCGCAUAUCGGCGUAUAUCAAUGCUGCUAAAGAAAGGGCGCGCGCGUGUGUACUUGCUUUCUUUCUCUGCGUUGGCUCUCGCGCCAAGAUUAUUUACAAGAAGCAUCAUCGCGCCGCAGCCAGCGAGCGAGGAUGUGGACUACUUUCAAUAAAAAUCCUCCUCUCAUUGUUACUCUAUCCCCCCUUCACGAUGGACCAGGUGGGCUGGACUUGGUGCGGGUCUGGUAUAUAACAUAAGUUAGAAUCAAAAUGAAGGUUUUUAAUAAUAAGUCGGAGCAGAGAAGUGGUGUGUGCCUGUAAUCGCUCGCUAAGAGGAUACGCGUCUCUCACUCUUCAGUUGCACUUUCCAUUCGGCCAAAUGAAGAGAUAGCCAGUGAGUGCAGGCUAAUCCCAGUGUAGUUGAAGAAUCGCUUUGAUUAGGAAUUACCUGACCAGCACAAUGAAACAGGUUUAUGUGCUGAUUUUCCUCGGAGCGAUUGCACUCGUAUCUGCUGAUGAUGACGCUCAUCACAUACACGAAGAUGAAAAAGUAGACAAAGACUUGGAGCUUAAUGACCUUGUUGCUGAGGCCGGAGGUCACGGCCCACCAACAGUUUACGGCGCACCACCGAAGUCAUUUUAUGGCCCUCCAAGACAUGGACCACGUUCUCAUGGUCCUCCGAGACAAAAUUAUGGACCCCCGAGACGACCUCUAGCACCAAAGCCUGCGUAUGGACCCCCACCAAAAGUGGUAUCUCAUAGCUCGUCCGACUUUGUUUCCCACAAUCAUGUUCAUGGAGCUGCAGGGGACUGCCCUCCUUUGACACCCUCAAAUGGCCCGCCGCAGCAAGAUUUCAGUAGCGCUCCCCAGCGUGUACCUGAGGCUAACAUAAUAACUGCUAGCAACUUCCACACCCACUUUAAGGGGCCACGACCAAACUAUGGGCCCCCACCCAAGUCUCGCGGUCCUCCUCCAAGCUCGUCUUAUGGUCCACCACCGUCUGGACCUAGCAAUUCUUACGGUCCACCGCCGUCUGGACCUAGCAAUUCUUACGGUCCACCGCCGUCUGGACCUAGCAAUUCUUACGGUCCACCGCCGUCUGGACCUAGCAAUUCUUAUGGUCCACCACCGUCUGGACCAAGCAAUUCUUAUGGUCCACCGCCGUCUGGACAAAGCAAUUCUUAUGGACCCCCGCCAUCUGGACCAAGCAAUUCUUAUGGACCACCGCCGCCAUCCCCACCUAGUUCUUCUUAUGGUGCUCCACCUUCCGGGCCGCCAAGUAACUCUUAUGGACCUCCACCCCAAGCAGCCCCCAUCACUUCUUAUGGAGCUCCCCCAUCUGGACCACCAAGUGACUCCUACGGACCACCACCUCAGUCUGAGCCAAGUACUUCAUACGGAGUUCCCCGUGCUCCACCAAGCCCUCAGUAUGGUCCUCCUCCCUCUGCUCCCAGUAAUUCUUAUGGUGCACCCCUAGCCAGCUCUGCUCACGGGCCCCCACCAUCAGCUCCAAGUUCAAACUAUGGAGCUCCUCCUGCACAACUAAGUGACUCAUAUGGACCGCCACCAUCUGCUCCUGCCAUACAACAUGGCCCACCAGCAUCAGGUCCUGGCAAUGACUUUGGUCCUCCUCCCUCUAUCAACGCCAUUAGUACAUCUUAUGGACCUCCCCCAUCUGCUCCAGCCUUGAGUAACACGUAUGGACCACCACCUUCAGCUCCAGCCCCAAGCAAUUCAUAUGGACCGCCACCGUCAGGUCCUGCUCCUAGUUCAUCUUACGGUCCCCCUCCUUCUGGUCCUGCCCCUAGCAGCUCGUAUGGACCUCCUCCUCUCCCACCGAGCAGCUCUUAUGGAGCACCACCAUCUGCACCAAGCACCUUGUACGGUGCUCCAGUUGGAGAUGUAAGAACUCCAAAGGAACACCGCAAGCCAGGGCCUUUGGACCCUGAACCUUUAACUGGCCCCCCACCUGGCGUGGACAGUCCACCAACUAAGCCCCGCAUCAUGUAUGAUGGCUGGAAACCCAUGCCUGGUCUAGUGGCUCACGCUCAAGGAGGCAAGGUUGUCCAUGAUUCUUCCACUCAUGUUGAAGGUCCGCCAUCUGACUCGUAUGGUGCUCCUCCUCCACAAUCACCACCUUCAAACUCAUACGGGCCUCCUAGCAAAGGCAUUUCUGGUCCUCCUUCUAACCACUAUGGUCCACCACCAAAGCAAAUUAUCACAUCUUAUGGACCUCCACCAAAACAUCAUCAUCCCCGUGUCCAUCACAAGCGACCUUCAAACUCCUAUGGACCUCCACCCCUAAGAGCUCACCCACCCCGAGACUCAUAUGUUCCUCCACCCAAGAACACAUAUGGUCCUCCACCUAAAGAUUCCUACGGACCACCACCAAAGGAUAGCUAUGGUCCACCUAGAGGUCCACCUCCCGGACCUCCUCAAAACAGUUACGGCCCUCCACCCUUUAAUAUAGCUGGUCAGGAAGCAGGCCUCGACAUAAAUCCACCCAAAGUCCCUGUUAAAUUCAGACCUCCUGUUCCUAAUGGCCUUCUGCAGAGCAUCGCAGUGAAUGCCCAAGCUAACCAGGAAGGCCACCACCUUGUCAAGCCAGUUGGAGAUACCUAUUUGCCACCUGCCGUACCGGAACCUGGUAGUAAUGUCCAUUCUGCCCCCGCAGUGGUUCCUGCAUUUACUGAUGCCGCUCACGUUGGUCAAGUGACAUCGUACACGGUCCAAAACUUUGGCCUCACUGGUCCUGAAAUCGGAAUUUCUCCUCAAAUCACAAUCGGAAAUUUUGCGGAACCACUUUUGACCGCUUACAAUAUCAACCAGGAUGCUCACCAUUUUGGACCUAGUGGCCACUUUGCAGAGCCUCCUGGCAGCGUACAGUUUGCGCAGCAGCACAUUAACCAAGUGCCAUCAAACCAUGCUCCCGCUCACAAAGAGAUCCCCAUCAAAGGAGAUCAUGGUACAUACACCCUGCAGGUGCAAGCCUCUGGUGGUUCUGAACACAAUCCCGACAUCCCUCACGAACAAAUACUCUCUCAAGACUUAUUGAAAGACGUUCUUGCAGCCAUCGAACAGAAUCCCUCCGGGGGGCAAGUUGGCAGUCACGGCCAUAAUUUUGAGGUGUCUCCUAUCCACGACAUCAAUAGUCUCGGUGAUUUGCGAUUCGCUGCCUCGGAGCACCAUGACCUCAAUGUUGCUGCGACAGAUCACAGAGAAACUAUUGCUCAAGAGCAACAAACCGGAAGCCCCACUUCUGCCACAGAGGCGACUUCGACCUCAGAAGAAAUUAGCACGUCGACGUCUGUUGUUACUUCAUCUUCGUAAAUUUUAAGGGAUAGAGAAUGCUUGUGCUGUGCGUGUGGCCAAUUGUAAGUUUGUUUUCGACAUCACGAUUAUUUAUUCAUUUUUCUAUGAGUCAUCCAUUGAGAAUUAUGUCGAAAAUAACUUAAAUUGAACAAUUUAUGUGCCCGUGUGUAUUCUAGCAAUUAACAGGAAAACCUACGUGGGAUCAAGGGAUAAUACUCCUAUUUAAUCGAAUAGGUUCGCACUGUCUUUGGGUCCGAUUACUGUUACUCUUUUGUAAGAUCAAAAAGAUGGAAGUUGGAGUGUAUUUUUAACACUUGUAUUGCUCAAUGAAAUGCAUUAUUUUUUGACAAAAUAUUCAAAAUAUAUAUGCCCGACAUGAAUAAAACCAACUGAAUAGAGUUAGAACCCACACAAGUUUUAUUAUGAUAACAAUGCAGAGUUUACAUAAAACAAUAUAUUCCAAUGAAAAUUGUUAUGCCAUCUGAUGAACUAAAUAAAAACAAUAUUUAUAGAA